AUGGCCAAUACUCCUCACGCCUCAACGGUUUCCUGGCCUCUCCACGUUUAUGGCAUCACCGUCGAUUCCAGCAAGUCGAAACCGAAUAUAGAGUCUGUUGAAGUAUGGACCAGCAAGUAUUCACCAAUUGAACUCGAACGCGAAGCAGGAAAGAGGUUUCGACGGACGUUUUCUAAGCCCACGGUGCUUUCUCAAGGGGAUACAUUCUCUUUACAUUUGCGGUGCAAGACAUGGCUUGGGAUGAAGACCGAGCAUCAAGACAUUCCUUUCAACUGA